GGCCUACCUAACUAUUAUUACUUAGUACCUGCCCUCAUCAUGAACGAGCCAAUCGGUAGCUAGCUAGCUGCAGCCCUAGCUGACAUAGCUAUUUUCGCCGCCACCUAGUUUGCCUGCUUGGCGAUGGCAGCUGGCAGAAAGUUACAUCUAGCCCCGUCCUAGCUAGCUAUGACGUGUGCCAAUGCAGACAGCUAGCAGUGCGAGCCGUGGCAAAGGAACGAGCAAUGGUUAGUUCAAUGGCUAGUUCUCAGGGUCGGCAGACUCCACUGAAGUAUGGCUGGUACAAUUAUGUACUCGACUCCUAGGGCAGUAGCCAAUUAACAUCUAUUACCAGUUAGGGACUGAAGAAAGCGUGACCAUACCUUCAGGACUUCUCCCUAGAAGUUAGAACUGUCAGCGCGUCGCAGCAUUCAACAGCAUGCCUGCCCGUAUUACACCUCAGUAUCAUACUAGUAACUUAUAGGUUAGUAGUAAUACCUACACUUCCCACUUCCCACUACCGCUACUCUACGCGCAUUUCAUAGUCAAUUGCACUGUUAGUGUUAGAAAGUGCUUGUAUGGAUAUGGACCAGGUCUUGCUCGCAUGUUGGCUUCUCUUGAACUAAAGUUACUUACUUAGUCUAUUGUUGCCAGCACGCCGAGCAUUGCGUUUGCAGCGCAGUCCGCGCGACAUCCCAUCGCCAUAGUACAGCCGCCGCGUGCUCCUGAUCGCAAGGGCAUGGCGCUUGGCAUGGGGUGGAACUAGGAGACACGUGCAGUGUGUAUCUGGAAAGCAAUUCCCGCCGCAAACUAGCACGGUCGUCAGCUCCCACCACCGUUACUCAACUAACUUACUGGCGUUAGGCGUUACUACGCUGCCUAGUUGACUAACCGGAGAGUCAGGUGUGAAUACGCAGGCUGACAACUAACUGCAAGGUCACAAAAUGAACCAGUGAGGAAUCAGAUCCUGACGGCUUGUCUCCCUCAGGCCUCUAUUCCUCCUCUACCUGAUCAUCGUCGGAAAGGCAAAUAUUCAUUCCCCAGAAACUGGUCUGCAAUAUUGCCACCGCCCUGCGGUGUGUUCGCUGCAGUUCCCAGCCGUCUUUAGUCUGCAGUUUCCCAGCCGUCUUUAGUCUGUUCGCUUACAGUGCUGCCCCGUGUACAGGGUUGGGUGUAGAUCUAUGGACUGCUGCCGUUGGGCGUCCUGAUUACUCUCCUUCCGUCUUGCUGAUGAAACAUGUGCUGCUCGUUGGCCAAUCCGUAAUGGUUGCUGCUAAUGGGAAGAUGGCAUCACCAUGGCGGGCACGGCCGCCGCCGAUCACCAAGCUCACCUUAGGGGUUCUCAUUUUCGUGGCUUUCUGGAUACUACUGGCGUAUAAUUCGCCGUCCUAUACGCUGCUGGAUGAUGAUGAUAAUGAUGCACUGGGAGCAGUCGGAGGUCAGAUCACUGCCAACGGUGAUGUACGCAUGACAAUGGAGAAUCGAUGGCGAGGACGUGACGGGCCUGGCACGAACUGUUCAAAGCGGCUCUCCCCGUCUCCGUGCGAGGAGAUACAUGUGGCUAUUGUUUGUAGCGGUUUCGAGCAAAGUCGCGACAUUGUACCAUUGAUCAAGUCUAGUCUUUUCUACACAAAUAAUCCGGUGCAUUUUCAUUUCAUUUCCGACGAGGACGCACGACUAGUGCUAGGUACACUAUUUAGGACAUGGCAGAUACCUGGCGUUCGCGUCUCCUACUACCCAGCGGAAGGCCUUCAGCGGCUGGUAGCGUGGUUUCCAAACCGACACGAGUUCAAACCCAGCCAAGUGGCAAAGCUUCUCCUGGCAUCUGUUCUACCUCAGGAGCUGGAGAAGGUGAUCGCCCUGAACAUUGAUCUGACCUUCGCCGCCGACAUAGCUGAGCUCUGGUGGUUGUUCGAGGAGUUGGCCGCACAGGACAGGGCAAUAGGUUUGGUUGAAAGCCAGAGUGACUUGUACGCGGGACGCCCGUGGGCCACGUUGGGCGGAGGCUACGACACAGGCGUGAUGCUGAUGCGGCUUAACGAGCUCAGACGCCUAUCCUGGAUGCAAGUCUGGAAGACUGUAGUGGAGAAGAUUACCGACACCAGUGGCGCAGUGUUACGGGCAUUGACCGAUCAGGACAUCAUCAAUGCUGUGAUCAAGGAUUACCCCUACUUGCAUAUGACCUUGCCAUGCACAUGGAACCUGCAACUCAGCAAGCAAACAAUCAGCGAGGUCUGCUUCUCCAAGUUAUCGGAGUUGAAAAUCCUCCACUGGACAUCUCCGAGGAAACAAAACAUCCAGCUGAACAACAUCAACUUCUUUCGCAGCCUGCAUACCACCUUUCUGGAAUACAAUGGUAAUCUUCUACGGCAGCGCUUGCCCUCCACCUGUUCAUCAUCCAAUUCAGCAGGCUACCCUGGCCCCGGCCUGCAUAGGACAGGUACCCUGGACCAAACAGCCAACAAGGGCAGCUGUAGUAAAUUCCGUGAAGCUAGCUCAUUGACCUACCGCACGCAUCUGUUCUACAUGAACUACAAAUGGCCAGAGCCCAAGGCGUUUGACGUUGCACUGGUCGCUCAGCUCUCCAUGGAUCGCCUGCACGUUCUGGAAGCGUUGUGCCUCAGGUGGAAAGGGCCCAUGAGUUUGGCACUGUUCGUCUCCGAUAGCGAGCUGCAGCAGUUCUUGAAGUUUGCGAAUGAAUCGAAGGUCAUUUCCGACCGCACCAACAUCGCCAUCCAUGUUGUCUACAAAGCCGAUGGCUUCCACCCGGUGAACUUUCUGCGCAAUGUGGCAUUGAAUGAAGUACGUCAACCGUAUGUGUUCUUGUCUGAUAUUGACUUCCUGCCUAGGUACGGUAUGUACAAUGAUAUCAGGGCCACUCUGGCAGAAUUUGAGCCAGAGAAUUCCCGGAAAGCAUUGAUUGUGCCUGCAUUUGAAAUCCUGAAUUAUCGCACCCGGGACUUUCCAAAGUCGAAGUCCGCUCUCAUUCGAAUGAUGGAUCAGGAGCAGGUGUUUUCUUUCCAUUAUCAUGUCUGGCCCCAGGGUCAUGCUCCUACGGACUUUAAGAGAUGGAGGACCAGUACUGCUCCAUACCGGGUGAAGUGGGCUGCCAGCUUCGAGCCAUACGUUGUGGUUCCGUCCAAUGUCACUCGGUACGACAUGCGCUUUGUUGGCUUUGGCUGGAACAAAGUCUCGCAUAUCAUGGAGCUCAAUGCUCAGCUGUACGACUUCUAUGUCCUUCCCCACACGUUCAUUAUCCACAUGCCACACGCUCCGUCUCCAGACGUGGCCAAAUAUCACUUGAAGUGGAGCUAUCGGAAAUGCAUGAGUACUCUGAAGAUGGAGUUCCUCCGAGACUUGAUGCGCAAGUAUGGAGCAUCAGCGAUGCGAUACAAGAACUUGAAACUAGACUGAUCUUUGAGAAUGGCUGGACAUCCGCAAUGCUGUCCAUAGUCUCUAUUUAUCUGCCAGAUUGCCUGUGUGUCUAUGUAUCUGUAUGCCUAGUAAAUGGAGAUAGCAAUUGUGUACUACUGUACUAUACUGGCAGUACGCAACAGGAAUAGUCUGGUGACGGUAUGUACUAUUAUAAUUUAUACCUUUCCGUGACCUGCAUGACUGUAAAACAUACGAAAGCAGGACUCGACGGUCACUGAAGAGUCUGUCCGUCUACCCGUCCGUCUGCCUCUCCUGUUUGUUCUCUUUCGUAUCUCCUCCAUCCUCUACUAUCUAAUAACUAUCUCCUCCAGCCUCUAGUAUCUAAUAACUAUCUCCUCCAGCCUCUAGUACCUAAUAACUAUCUCCUCCAUAUGCUGCUUGAAUUGCAAUAGAAUUGGAAGAAAAGAGCCGUGUGAUGUUCUGGAA